AUGACAAUUAGUGUAGUCACUAAUUUAAUUGUAGGGGAAGCUCUUGACCUGAUCAAGUGUGCUUCCAUUCAAGGAAAAAAAAUAAUGUUCACCAAGCCCACAUAUGCUGUUUUUUCCCUUAGCCACAAUGUCAGUAGGCAUUUAGCCAGCCUCUCAGUGGUUGGAAACCGGAUCCCCAACCCCCAGCCCACUGUGAGGGAGAAGGCAUUGUGUGUCCCGGAAAAUCCGAACACCAGUAUGGGAAAUCAGGGCCAGAUUAAGAUGUGCAUCGAUGAAGUGUGUCGAGAGACCGUGUUACGUUGCUGCAAGUCAUUUCUGCAGCAGGCCGGAUUAGAUCUGCUAAUAAGCAUGACAGUUAUUAAUAACAUGCUUGCCAAGUCGGUUUCAGACCCAAAGUUUCCUUUGAUAUCCCAGGGAAGGGAAUGUGCAAAGGUUGAGGGUUUGGAAGCACUGAUGGGUUUGCCUGAAAAGCCAGUGUUGGCAGGGGAAGUGCUGGCUGCCCAAAUGCUGUCCUCAUCCAUGCUCCCCUUUAUCAGAAGUGGGAGCAGAGAGAUGCUCCUGGAAGCCCUCUCCCCAUAAGUGGCUGUCUUGAGCAGAAGGAGAUCGAAUCCACCCACAGCCCGAGCAGUUUACUGAGGGAGGGAAAGAAGCUGCAGAGGGUGCAGGCAAGGGUGCAGCCUUAGCCAGUGAGCUCCUCCUUGGGCGAAAGUUCCAGUGGCUAAAUGGAGGGCCGCACUCUUCUUGGCCAGGUAGGCCUCCCCAGAGCCCUGGGCAACUUCUGGGCCUUGUAGUCUGCAGGUGAAACGCAUUGCAAAUUGCUCCCUUGCAGCCUCCCUCCUGCAGUAAAGGGUGGAGGGAUCACCCCUUUGGCCGCUAGCUGCGGAUGAGGAACAUGAAAUCACAGCAUCACGAGUGCUGUCCUUGCCUGUGGUGAUCUCCCUGUCUAAGCGGGACCACUUAGCAGAAAUGACACCCACAUGGGAGCUUGUGGCCAGCUUGCAUCUGCUGCCUCUCUGCUUUGGUUGAAGUAGUUCCCUCUCCUCUUUUCUACACUAGCUGAUGAAUGGCUAGCAUGUUAAUCAAAGAAAUACACUCCCCUCCUGUCCGAUGUACCGACUGACCCUCUUCCACCCGAGCCCCCACCUGUGUGUAUCAUCAAUAAACUCGUGUGCUUUGAUUGGCAAGAAAAUGAAAAGGGGGCACUGGACUCAUCUU